UUUCGUUGAUAGUGACAAAAAUGAUCAAGAAGUGGAAGUUCAGCAUGUUGAAGGACCGGUUGGGGUUGCUGGGUGUGGUGGUGGUCUGCUUGCUGAUUCAGAAUCUGGGUUUUUGCUGGGGUUUGAAUGAUGAAGGUUUGGCGCUUUUGAGUUUUAGAGAGAGAGUAGAGAGCGACCCUUUUGGUGCUUUGGCGAACUGGAACGAUGAGGAUGGAGAGGUUGAUCCCUGCUCGUGGUUCGGGGUCCAAUGCUCGGAUGGAAAAGUUGUGGUUUUGAACUUGAAAGAUCUUUGUCUUGGAGGAACGUUAUCACCUGAGCUCGGGAAACUUGUCCACAUAAAGUCUAUUAUUUUGCGCAACAACUCCUUCACGGGGAUCAUUCCUGGAGAGAUCGGCGGGUUGAAGGAAUUGGAAGUGUUAGAUUUAGGAUACAAUAACUUCAGUGGACUGCUUCCAGCUGACCUUGGCAGUAAUUUUUCAUUGGCAAUCCUCCUACUUGACAACAACCGGCUUCUUGGCACCUUAUCUCCUGAAAUUUACUAUCUGGGGUUGCUUUCCGAAUUUCAAGUUGAUGAGAAUCAGCUUUCUGGUGCAGGCAGAGAAGCAUCUUGCAAUGAAAGAUCUAAUUCAUGGAACCUCGCUCAUACUGAACACUUUGUUCAUGGGAGAAUGCUUUCUAUAAAUUUUAGUAGUUUUUUACGACGGGAAUCCAACACAUCACCAUCGCCAAAAGUUGCAGAACAUUCUCAUUCAGUCUCAUCACCACAUACUCCAGCACCUUCCCCACCAUCAAACAACUCAAGUCCACCUUCCGCACCUACCCCAUCUGCUUCUCCACCUUCACUUUCUGCUCCGGUGCCUGCCAUCUCAGGAAAUUCCAAAAGUUUCAUAUCGAAGCAUAAAACCCCAAUAUUAAUUGGAGGCAUAGGUGGUGGUGCUUGUUUUGUUAUAAUUUCAUUCAUCCUUUUGUAUCUCUACAAGACCAACAAGGUAGCUACUGUCAAGCCUUGGGCCACAGGGUUAAGCGGACAGCUACAGAAAGCCUUCGUAACCGGUGUACCAAAUCUUAAGAGAUCAGAGCUUGAAGUGGCAUGUGAAGAUUUCAGUAAUGUAAUAGGUUCUUCACCGAUUGGUACAGUGUACAAAGGAACAUUGUCUAGUGGUGUCGAAAUCGCCGUGGCUUCCCUUGUAGAGCCGUCUGCCAAUUACUGUUGGACCACCAAUUUAGAGUUGCAGUUUAGGAAGAAGAUUGAAAAAUUAUCAAAACUGAGCCACAAGAACUUUGUCAGCCUUAUCGGGUACUGCGAGGAAGAGGAACCUUUCACUAGAAUGAUGGUUUUUGAAUACGCUCCGAAUGGGACACUUUUUGAGCAUUUACACAUAAAAGAAGCUGAGCACUUGGACUGGAGAAUGCGACUGAGAAUCGCAAUGGGCAUGGCCUACUGCCUCGAGUAUAUGCACCAGCUUAACCCGCCUAUAGCUCACAACAACUUGAAUUCAGGAUCCAUCCAGCUAACAGAGGAUUAUGCACCAAAAGUCUCAGAAUUUAGCUUCUCGAACGAGACAGCUGAAGCUGAAAAAGAAUUAUCCAGCAUAGAACUUUUUUCCAUACCAUUAGCAAACAGAGAAAGCAAUGUCUACAGCUUUGGUGUCAUAUUGUUCGAAAUGGUAACUGGCAGACUCCCUUAUGCAGUGGAUAAUGUCUCACUUGAAGACUGGGGUGCGGAUUACUUGAGAGGCGAUCAGCCCCUCAGAGAAAUGGUUGAUCCGAUACUAGAGUCUUUCCACGAAGAGCAACUGGAGCAAAUCGGGGAAGUUAUAAGAUCUUGUGUCCGCCCUGACCCAAAACAAAGACCUCCAAUGAGAGAAGUCACUGCAAGACUGAGAGAAAUUACCGGAGUUACACCCGACGGGGCAUCACCGAAACUCUCACCUCUUUGGUGGGCGGAGCUUGAAGUUAUGUCUCAUGAUGGAAGCUAGAAGAUGAACGCCAAGAUUUGUCUCUACGAACCAUGUGUAAGUCUUCAUCUUCCGUGGGUGGCGAGGCACAAAAAAAUGUGCUUGUAUUUACAGCAGGGGGAUAGAAUUCUACUUGUAUAUAACCUGAGAUAGGGUGGAAAACAUAAUCCUUUUGUUCAGCAGUAAAACUGUAAAAGUAAAACACAACAGUAAAUCAACCUGUCAAUCAGUUUGUUCAUUCAUGUAGGAUGAACUUCAA